AUGAAGCGGCCACUGAGCCCAUCUCCCCCAGUUGAGAAGGAGCCUCCUACAUCUGGAGCUACUGAGUGCCCUCCUCCAACCCCAGAACCACCUAAACCCAAACGGGAAAGAAAACGGCCCUCCUACACACUCUGUGAUGUCUGCAACAUCCAGCUGAACUCCGCAGCCCAGGCCCAGGUGCACUGCGGAGGGCGGGCCCACCAGCGGAGGCUGCGACAACUCAGCCUGGGCAAGACGCCCUCAGGCCCAGCAGGCCCUGCCUCCAGCUCCCCCAGUCCCCUGCUGGCCUCUCUGCCCCUGCCCACUCGGCCUCUGCAGCCCCCGCUGGACUUCAAGCACUUGCUGGCCUUCCACUUCAAUGGCACCACCCCGCUCAGUCUCUUCCCCAACUUCAGCACGAUGGACCCAGUCCAGAAAGCUGUCAUCAGCCACACAUUUGGGGUUCCCUCCCCUCUGAAGAAGAAGCUCUUCAUCUCCUGUAACAUCUGUCACCUGAGGUUCAACUCAGCGAACCAGGCUGAAGCACAUUAUAAAGGCCACAAGCAUGCCAGGAAACUCAAGGCUGUUGAAGCUGCCAAGAACAAGCAGAGGCUGCAAACGCUGGCCCGGGAUGAGGUGGUGGUACCCCUAGUCCCAACUCUGGCCAGUGGAGCCCCUGGAGAGUCGCAGAGCAAAGGUCCGGCCGCCUGUCCCCUCGGCCCUCCACUCCAGCUAUCACUGACCCCAGACCCACCAGCCAGGGAGCCAUCCCACCAGGACCUCUUGGAUGCUACCUCCUCUUCCACCUCCUCCUCCUGCCCACCUCGCUCCCCAGAGCCAGGCAGGGAGGCACCAGGGCCUGAGCCGCCAGCUGUGGCUGUGGGCAGUGGAGUGGGUGGGGAAGGCAGGAGCGAGAAGGGGCGCCUCUACUGCCCCACAUGUAAGGUGACCGUGAACUCAGCCUCCCAGCUGCAGGCUCAUAACACAGGAGCCAAACACCGGUGGAUGAUGGAAGGUCAAGGAGGGGCUCCCCGGAGGGGCCGAGGUCGCACAGUGUCCCGAGGUGGACCUGGACACAAGACCAAGAGAGUGACGGGGGGCCGGGCCCCCCGCCAAGGGCCUACCCCGCCUUUCCACUGUGCUCUCUGUCAGCUCCAGGUCAAUUCAGAGACCCAGCUCAAGCAGCACAUGAGCAGCCGGAGGCACAAAGACCGCCUGGCAGGGAAGCUUCCCAAGCCCCCCAGCCAGCACAGCAAGCUACAGAAGCACGCAGCUCUAGCUGUCAGCGUCCUCAAGUCUAAACUGGCCUUGCAGAAACAACUCACCAAGACGCUGGCAGCCCGUUUCCUGCCCAGCCCACUGCCCACGACAGCCGCUGCCAUCUGUGCCCUGCCAGGGCCCCUGGCUCUUCGGCCUGCACCCACAGCUGCAGCUACCCUCUUCCCAACUCCCAUCCUGGGUCCAGCUCUGUUUCGCACCCCAGCAGGAACAGUCCGCCCUGCCACAGGACCCAUCCUCUUUGCCCCCUACUAGCCCUCCUGGAGAGGCUAGGGCAGAUUUCCUGACAGCUACUAUCUUCCUCUGCUCCCCAGACACCUGCUCUCUGCACCCCACAGGGACUGCCUUCUGCACGUUAAGGGGAUCCUGUUCAGUAUAGGGCAGCUGCCCUUCACUCUGUCUGGACUGGGGAUCCAGCCAGCUCACUCGGUCCAACCAAUGGCUAUCUCCACUCCUUUCCUGGCCCUAGUCCUAGGCU